CCGCUCCAGUCAGGGCGAUCCCGAAACCCAGUCAAUUCUUCCGUCUUCCUCUUCUCCGUCUUCUUUUCCUCUAUCCAUGUCCAGGAUCUUUACCGUCGCGGCUCUCCCACUACCCACCCGAACGCCGACGAGGUCGAGCUUCAGAAUCUAGCAUGCAGGAUCAGAGAUAAAUCACAAACACAGAGAUUCAACAGACUGAUCAGCAUCUGGAGACCAAUUUCGCGCCUGUCCAGCCGAUCCAACAUUGACGCGUACUCCCCCUGCAAGACAUCCUGGCACGCGAUCUUCGCAACCGUGGGCGUGACACACUAAUGAAGCGCAAGAAUAACACUGUUUCCAAACGUCGGUCCAAGCCCAACCUCAGCGUUGCGACCGGCCAGAACGGCAACGCUCACGGAAAAAUGAAUUCCAACAUCGAGAUGCGCAAGCGCGAUACCUCUACCGGGUCGUCCUCGUCCGCGCGAGCAGAUCGCUUCAUGUCUCGAUCGAGCUUCACCCUUGACCAGGACCCGCCGACGCCCCAAACACCUGGAAUGACGACGACGAGCUUCUCAGAUCUCCCGUCUAGUGAUAAAAGGAACUUUAUGCUGCUGUGUUUGCUAUAUUUUCUUCAGGGGGUUCCAAUGGGAUUGGCCACGGGGUCGGUUCCGUUCCUACUCAAGCCGUACCUUUCAUACGGACAGAUCGGUGUCUUUUCGCUAGCAUCCUACCCCUACUCGCUCAAAUUACUCUGGAGUCCUAUCGUGGAUGCUGUAUGGAGUCGCAGGUUUGGUCGCCGGAAGAGCUGGAUCACUCCUGUCCAGGUCAUUGCCGGACUGGCCAUGAUUUAUCUCGGAGGGCAUAUCGAAGACAUGAUGAAGCAGGCUGGCGCCAACGGUGGGGCUGGUGUCUGGAAGUUUACAUACUGGUGGUUCUUGCUGGUGUUUUUCUGCGCAACUCAGGACAUUGCUGUGGAUGGAUGGGCGAUCACUCUCAUGUCGCCGCCAAACAUCUCCUACGCUUCCACCGCACAGACUGUUGGCUUGACCGCUGGUCAUUUCCUGUCUUACACGGUCUUCCUCGCGUUCAAUUCGAAGGACUUUGCGAACCGAUGGUUCCGGACGACUCCCGCUGAAGGAGGCCUUCUCUCACUUGGCACGUACCUGACGAUCUGGGGCUGGGCGUACCUCGUCGUGACCACCUGCCUAGCUCUUAUGAAGAAAGAAGAUCAUGUCUCAGAGCGUGACAGCAUUUCUGCCGUCUACCGCAGCAUGUGGAGCGUUCUAAAGCUCAAGAACGUCCAGACCAUCAUCAUAGUCCAUCUGAUCGCCAAAAUCGGCUUCCAGGCUAACGACGGAGUGACCAGUCUAAAGCUUCUAGACAAAGGCUUCGGUCAGGACAACAUGGCUCUGGUUGUUCUCAUCGACUUUCCCUUUGAAAUCGGCCUAGGCUACUAUGCCGGGAAAUGGUCGACGGAGUACACUCCAAUGCGCCUCUGGUGCUGGGCCUUUGUCGGACGACUCGCUGCUGCCAUCCUAGCCCAGUUCACCGUCAUGAUCUACCCCUCUGCCCCAGAAGUGCCCACCUGGUACAUGUUGACCGUAAUCUUCGAACAUGUCGCCUCAACAUUCAUGAAUACUGUCAUGUUCGUUGCAGUGUCCGCUUUCCAUGCUCGCGUUUCUGAUCCCGCCAUCGGUGGUACCUACAUGACUAUGCUAGCAACAGUCUCAAACCUCGGCGGUACAUUCCCGCGCUACUUCAUCCUGAAACUCGUCGACAUGUUCACUGAGGCCACCUGCGUCCCACCAACCACCAACCCUUCACCAGGUUCUCUGAAAGGCGACCUCGUCACGUCUCCGUUCUCAUGUGCCGUGGAACCAGAUCGUACCCGCUGCAUUGACGGCGGUGGCACUUGCGAUAUCACAAGAGACGGCUACUAUAUGACGAAUAUUCUUUGCGUGCUGGUUGGGACGGUAACAUUUAUCAUGUUCAUCAAGCCUGCUGUUUUGAAGUUGCAAAGUUUGCCGUUACGGGCUUGGAGAUUGGCGCCUGGGCGGGAAUGAUUUUUUUUGGACGUUGGUAACGGUGAUACAGUGCAAAUAUACAUAUACAUACAAGGUCUUUGUAUGUGGGUAGACUAGAGUCAUAUUAUCAAGGUACAUUAAUUAGACUCAUGAGUGUGCAUCAAGCGUGCGUCAUUCGCUGAAUUAAA